UGAAUCCAUUCCAGAAAUAGAGACCGUGACUAGUACACUUUUUACGGCGACGACAAGUUCACCUUUCGACCAGUCCGUUAUUUGGGUGCUCGUCGUGGGAAUGAUACUCGGCUUUCUGCUGGCAGCUGCCAUGGGGGCUAAUGAUGUGGCGAACACAUUCGGAACUACGGUAGGCAGUGGAACUCUGACACUCUCACAAGCCUAUAUCUUAGCUUCUUUCUUCGAGGCACUCGGAGCGAUUUUUGUAGGUUGGUCCGUAACAGACACCUUGCGGAAGGGUGUUGUUGAUUCGACCAUGUUCGCAGAUUCACCAAAGGAGCUGAUGAUUGGCCAGAUCGCUGCUCUUGGAGGAUGUGCAACUUGGUUGGCGUUGGCGACACUAUUGGGAAUGCCUGUCUCAACUACACAGUCAAUAGUUGGGGGAACACUUGGAUACUCCCUGGUGCUUCGUGGAUUGCAAGGAAUUAGAUGGAAGAAACUCCUUCAUAUUGUAAUGUCAUGGUUCAUUUCCCCAUUGACAUCGGGAGCGAUUUCGUCUAUGUUGUAUGUUUUUGUCGAUGUCGCCGUUUUGCGGAGGGAAAAUCCGUUCGUCUGGGGAAUGAGACUGUUGCCAGUGUUUUACUUUCUGUGUAUUUCAUUCAAUGUCUUCAUUGUGACAUGGAAAGGCUCAAAAUUGCUUCAUUUUGACCGCAUCCCCUUUUGGGCUUCGUUUUUGGUGGGUAUUGGAAGUGGUUUAAUCGCGGCCGUCAUCGGACUUGCAACUCUAUCCAUGUGUCUCAUAAAGUCGCAUUUUUCCAUCAUGAGCAUUUCUUCGAAAGACAUAUCGCUUCCAGGCUCGCGUACCUUUUACGAUCUUAUCGGUUUGCGUUCUUCACAUACCGACGAUCAUAAAACCUUACAACUGUUUGCUGCAGUCCAGGUCUUCACUGCAUGUUUCGCAGGCUUCGCUCACGGAGCACAAGACAUAAGCAAUGCUGUAGCCCCCGUGGCGACUGUGAUAUCAAUUUAUUCGAAUAAAUCUCCUUAUCAGAAAGAAGAGGUACAUCUUUUCAUUGAUUGCAUCGGUCUCUGGACGUUUGGUGACCGAGUAAUUACGACCAUUGCUACUAAAGUCUCAAAAAUUAACGCAGCCAGCGGCUUCACAAUCGAGUUCGGUGCUGCUCUCACAUCGCUUCUCGCAAGUAGACUCGGUCUGCCCAUUAGCACUACGCACUGUCUGGUGGGUUCAGUGGUAGCAGUCGGUUGUGUGCGCUCUAGCGAGCCUACGAAGUGGUCGUUGCUGAGAAAUAUUGCAAUGUCCUGGAUUUUAACGAUUCCAGCUUCAGGUAUUUAUAUCCACCACCUUUGUCCGAAGCAGUAUUCAAUUUGUACUUUCCUAAAUCAGUGA